AUGCGUCGGCGGGGCUGGCGGCCGUGGGUGCUGCUGCUGGCGCUGGCGGCGUGGGGCGCGGUGCCGGCGGGCGGCUACUUCCCCGAGGAGCGCUGGGUGCCCGAGUCGCCGCCGCGGCCGCCGCGGGUGCUGCUGGCGCUGCUGGCCCGCAACGCCGCCCACGCCCUGCCCGCCGCGCUCGGCUGCCUGGAGCGCCUGCGCCACCCCAAGGACCGCCUCGCCCUCUGGGUGGCGACUGACCACAAUGUGGACAACACAACUGCUGUGCUUCGGGAAUGGCUGGUCAACGUUCAGAGCAUGUACCAUUCAGUGGAAUGGCGGCCCAUGGAGCAACCCAGGGCUUACCCAGAUGAAGAAGGCCCCAAGGACUGGUCAAAUGCCCGUUACGAGCAUGUGAUGAAACUUCGCCAGGCAGCGCUGCAGUCUGCCCGGGACAUUUGGGCUGAUUACAUCCUGUUCGUGGACGCGGACAAUCUCCUGACAAACCCCGACACCCUGGGUCUUCUGAUGGCUGAAAACAAGACGGUGGUGGCGCCGAUGCUGGAUUCGCGGGCGGCCUAUUCAAACUUCUGGUGCGGGAUGACCUCACAGGGCUACUACAAGCGCACCCCUGCUUACAUCCCUAUUAGGAAGCGUGCCCGCCAGGGUUGCUUUGCUGUCCCCAUGGUGCACUCCACCUUUCUCAUCGACCUGCGGAAGGAGGCCUCCCAGAACCUUGUCUUCUACCCGCCCCACUCAGACUACACCUGGGCGUUCGAUGACAUCAUUGUCUUUGCCUUCGCCUGCAGGCAGGCCGAGGUCCAGAUGUAUGUUUGCAACAAAGAGGAGUAUGGCUCCCUGCCCGUGCCUCUGCGAUCCCACAGCACCCUGCGCGACGAGGAAGAGAGCUUCAUGCACGUGCAGUUGGAAAUCAUGGUUAAGAACCCUCCACUGGAACCCUCCCGGUAUCUCUCGGUGCCCCCCAAAGUCCCAGACAAGAUGGGAUUUGAUGAGGUCUUCAUGAUUAACCUGAAGCGUCGGGUAGAUCGCCGGGAGCGGAUGCUGUGGGCCUUGUACGAGCAGCAGAUUGAUUGCAAGAUCGUCGAGGCUGUGGAUGGGAAGGCAAUGAAUACCAGCCAGGUAGAAGCCAUGGGCAUCAGUAUGCUGCCCGGUUACAAGGACCCAUACCACGGGCGCCCCCUCACCAAGGGAGAACUGGGUUGCUUCCUGAGCCACUAUAAGAUUUGGCAAGAGAUUGUGGAGAGGGGCCUGGAGAAGUCGGUGGUGUUUGAGGACGACCUGCGCUUCGAGAUCUUCUUCAAAAGGCGCCUGAUGAAUCUCUUGUACGACCUAGAGGAGGAGGGCCUGGACUGGGAUUUGAUCUACAUUGGCCGGAAGCGCAUGCAGGUGGAACACCCGGAGAAAGCCGUGCCUCAUAUCCGCAACCUGGUGGAAGCUGAUUACUCCUACUGGACGUUGGCCUACGUCAUCUCCCUGCAGGGUGCCCGGAAGCUGUUGGAUGCCAAGCCCCUCUCCAAGAUGCUACCCGUGGAUGAGUUCCUGCCUGUCAUGUUUGACAAACAUCCUGUUACUGAGUAUAUGGAGCAUUUUGAGAACCGGAACCUGCUGGCUUUCUCGGUGGAACCCCUGCUGGUUUACCCGACGCACUACACGGGGGACGAGGGGUACGUCAGCGACACGGAGACCUCGGUGGUGUGGAACAACGAGAACGUCAGGACGGACUGGGACCGGGCCAAGUCCCAGAAGAUGAAGGAGCAGCAGGAACUGAGCAACGAGGCCAAAAACUCCGACGUGCUGCAGUCCCCCCUCGACAGCACUGCCCGCGACGAGCUAUGA